AUGGCUUCAGCUGCAGCUCCAGCUCAAGCUCCAGUGGCAGCUCCAGCUCAGGCUCCAAAAGGUGCCCAGGGGAAACACAAGAUCCCAAAGGGCACCAGCCUCAAACUUGAUCUACUUGCCUAUUUUGCCCACCCCAAGGUUGGGAAGUGUGCUUGUGCCCGCACUGCCAAGGGUCUCAUGCUCUGCCAGCCAAAGGCCAAGGUCAAGGCUCAAACCAAGGCCCAGGACACGGCUUCAGCUGCAGCUCCAGCUCAAGCUCCAGUGGCAGCUCCAGCUCAGGCUCCAAAAGGUGCCCAGACCCCCAUGAAGGCUCCGGAGUAG